AUGGUUUGCGACGGCGCCGCGGCGAAGCCUCCGUACCACGGAAGCGGUGCAGCGGGCGCUACGCUCACGGGUGACAUAACGAUAGGGCCAGACACCGUGGUGUUCCCUGGCGCCCAGAUACGGUGCUGCGAAGGCGCCGGGCCGGUUGUGAUCGGCCGAGGCUGUGUGCUUGAGGAGGGCGCCUGCUUGGUGAACGUGGGCCCCGGCGAAAUGAGGGUGGGAGACGGAAAUCUGUUCGAGGUCGGCUGUGCGGUACGCGCGCAGAAGGUGGGAGACUUCAACACCUUCCAGCCCAAGUGCGAAGUGGGUCAAGGGGUGACGGUGGCAUCAGGGUGCUCCAUCGCGAGCCAGGGUGAGCAGCUAUCGAACGGCGCUUGCGAGUCAAGGGAAGAAGUACUACCUUGGAAAGUUUAA